CGAGGAUCCGAAAGUGACUCACAAAACCUCCGUCAUCGUUGCUUUCUAUUUCUUAACUCUCUCCUUCUGCAGAAUCUCCGCAUUCCCAAUUUUCCCUUCACAUCUAUCUCUCUAUCUAUCUAACCCACUUUCCCUUUUUCCCUUCAUUUUUAUUUUAUUCGAUUCCAUUCCCACAAUAAUAAUAUUAAUUAAUAUCCUCACAUUUUAUUUCUUUAUAUAAAUCCCAUCGCAUCUUCUACUUACUAUUUCUCUUCUUCUUCUUCUUCUUCUUCUUCUUCUUCUUCUUCCUUCCCCUGUAACCCCCAAAACAACAUUCAAUGGGUUCUCUUCCUUCCGAACUUACUUUAGAUUUAAGACCAACUUUUCUUCCCAAAACCAUCUCCGAUUUCCUCUUAGACCUUUCCUCCAUUCAACCUACCUCCGAUAAACUCUCUAAACUCCACGAUUUUCUCUCCCGAUUAGAAGACGAACUCAAAAAGAUCGACGCUUUCAAACGCGAACUCCCUCUAUGCAUGUUCCUCUUAAACGACGCAAUUUUAGUUUUGAAGGAGGAAUUGGAAAAAUGCAGAGUUCAGAAUUCUUUACCAGUUUUGGAAGAGUUUAUUCCUUUGAAGAAAGAGAUUGAUCAGAGUGAGGAAAAUAAUAAUGACGACGAUGAUAACAACAACAAUGAAUGCAGAGAUAAGAUGAAUUGGAUGAGUUCUGUUCAGUUAUGGAACAACAACAACACAACUACUAAUAAUAAUGCAUCUGAUCAAAAACAUAAUCAUAAUAAAUUAGAAACCAAGAAAAUGGAAGAGGAAGAGCAAUCUGUGACUGUAGCCGAGGAGCCUAUUUUUCAACCUUGUAGUAGUAAUAGGAAUGGAGGAAGUGCUUUUAUGCCUUUCUCAACAUACUCUUCUGUCCCUGUGACAACAGUGACAUUAGCAGCACCUAAACAAGAGAAGGAAGACACUGUUAUAAAUAGAUUAUCACUUUUGACCCCUGGUAUGAAAAGUUUGAGGGAAGGGUUUGGUUCGAGGGGAUCGAGAGGCAGCUCUAGCAGGGCAGUUUCCUCCUCUCCUCCGACUGUGCAUCCGAGUUUGCGAGCCGGGCCGCUUCAGCCGCAGCAGACUUCUAGGAAACAGAGGAGAUGUUGGUCGCCUGAAUUGCACCGGCGAUUUGUCAGUGCGUUGCAGAAGCUUGGUGGUUCUCAAGCAACGCCAAAGCAAAUUAGAGAACUCAUGCAAGUUGAUGGCCUAACCAACGAUGAAGUGAAGAGCCAUUUGCAAGUGAGUUUUCGAAAUACCGGCUUCAUACACGGAGAGGUCCGGCCUCAAGUAGUAAUCAGUCUGUUGUAGUUCUUGGAGGUUUGUGGAUGUCUCAAGAACAAUACAACGAAUCUUCGAAAGGUAGCAGUUCUGCAUCCGGUUCUCCACAAAGUCCCCUUCAUUUAGCUACAGGAUCCCGGGGAGGAACAUCCCCAACUGAGGAUGAUAGCUUGGAAGAUGAUGAAGAUGCAAAAUCUGAGAAUUAUAGCUGGAAAAGUCAUAUUCAAAGACCUGGAAAAGUUGGUGUAUAGGAUGUACACUCUACCAUGAAUUUUGCAGAUAAAAGUAUACAUGGGAGGAGUAAUUUACUACUACAUUGAGAAUAAUAAUAAUAAAAAUAAGAAUAUAAUAAUAAUACAUGAUACAUAGAAGAGGGUAAAACGAAGAGAGGCUAUUGAAUUUUUUGAAGGUUUAUCUUGCCUUUUAUACUUGAGUUUUGAUUUGAGACUCUGAAUUAAAAUCUUAAUUAAUCCUCCAUUCCACGAUAAGAACACAGAUAGUUUUUCCUUAUAAUUCUUUCAUUUCUUUUUGUUACAACCCAGAAGAAAUAUUAUCAGUCCAGUGUUUAGACAUGUUUCUGCAUGUUUUGGUGGAUAUUGGACCUAUUUGCUGGAUUAUUUAUUUCCUUAUGUUAUUAUUUACACAAAAUAAACCACUUCAUAAACUUCAGAGAUGUCUUAUCAUGAUUAA